AACAAAUUACGAACUGCGAGUUGGAAGUUCGUGGCAAAAGAAAAUUUGCAAAUGAUUAAAGAAAUAUACAAAAUUUAAAAAAAAAUAACAAAACUAAUUUACAUCACAAUAGAACGUUACGUUUCAUUGCUAAAACUUGUAUUUACCGAUUUAAGAAAAGUACGCAAUUAAAAUAACGGGUAGAUUUGCAAUUCUUUGGAUAAAAUGUAUCUUCGGAGCUGACGACGGCUGAUUCUAACUUUAACGUGUCCAAAAACAGCUUUGUAAAGCAAAUUACCUUCAAUAUUUGCCGCAGAGCACACAGUUCAGAAUAAGUUUUAAAUAUGAGUAUGGAAGAAAAACUUAAGUAUUCAUUAUUAAGAAAUGAAUUGGUAGACACUCAAUCGAUAUGGACUCGGCACGAAAAGCGCAUAUGGUUUAUAACAUUAAUCACAGGCACUUGCAUGUUAUAUUCAACGCGAACUACCAUGCCGCUGCUUGUUCCGGCCGUAGCGGCGGAAAUGAAGUGGAGUAAAACAGACUCUGGAACAGUACUAAGUUCCUUUUUUUGGGGAUAUACAUUGACUCAAGUCGUUGGAGGGUAUUUUAGUGACCGCUUUGGCGGUCAACGAGUGAUACUAUUUUCUGCUAUUGGUUGGUCGUUCAUAACAUUUCUCAUGCCCAACAUUAUAUGGUGGGCUCCUAAUGUUAAAACGUAUGCUAUACCAUUUAUUGUAACCAUACGUAUAAUAAAUGGAGCAUUUCAGGGUGUACACUUCCCUAGUAUGAUAAGUCUAACAAGUCAAAACCUAUGUUCAAACGAACGCACAAGUUUUUUUGGUCUCCUAACAUCUGGUUCUGCGAUUGGAACACUGUUGACUGGAAUCUUAGGAUCAUUUAUGCUGGAUUAUUUUGGCUGGUCCUAUGUUUUUCGUGUCAUCGGCUUCAUGGGAAUUUCAUGGGCUUUAAUUUUGAGAUACUAUGCCAUGGCUGGGGAACGUAAUCGUAUUAUUAAUGUCUCCCUACCCUCCAGAUUGUGUGUGAACAAAUCGAAUGUCGAAACGGUGCCGUGGCUUAAGUAUUUCACUAAAUUUUCAUUUUGGGCUUGUGUUCUUACACAUGCCUGUGAAAUGAAUUGUUUCUUUGUGUUACUUUCGUGGCUGCCUACAUACUUCCACGAUUUGUUUCCACACGCCAAAGGUUGGGUAGUGAACAUGAUACCUUGGUUAGCUUUGCCACCCAGCACAUUCUUUGCCAAAUAUCUAACGGGGAGACUGCAGGCACGAGAAUGGUCGAUGUCUUCAGUAAGGAAAAUUGUACAAAGCUGUUGUUUUGCUGCACAAAAUUUAGCGCUGUUUAUCAUGAGCAGGACGACUGAUUUUCACACAGCCCUUAUUUGUAUGACAGUGAUUAUUGGUGGCACUGGAUUUCAUAACAAUGCUGUUACUGUAAACCCUCAAGACUUGGCUCCUUCUCACUCAGGCAGUGUCUUUGGUUUGAUGAAUACUGUGGGAGCCAUACCGGGCUUCUUGGGCGUCUACCUGGCCGGACACAUUCUAGAAGCCACUCAAAGUUGGCCAAUGGUAUUUAGUGCUGCGGCUGGGAUAAAUCUCAUAGGCUGGAUAAUUUUUGUGGUCUUUGGCUCAGCAGAGGCUAUAGUGUGAUUUAGUUUAAGUUAAUUUACUUCUAAAAGACGUUCCACUGCAUUAUACAUUACCAUCAUAAUCUGUUCGUGCAUUGUGUAAAAUAGUAUUUAUAUAAAUAGUAACAAUGUUGGCUUUUUUUCAAUGUCAUAAGCAAACCUUACUUUAAGCAGAUUUACUAAAAAUCUUUUUCUAGUUUCUUUUCGACUCUCUUCUUGAUAAAGUACUUUACAGAGAAUGUAAUUUUAUGUUUUAAGUAGCAUAAUAAUAAAAAUAUUUUCAAAAUCUCGAA